AUGAAAAAAACACAAAAUAAUUUUGAGAAAUCAUCCAGCAUACUGAGAAGAAAGCUUGAUAAUCUUGUGUGCAAAUUCUCUGAAGAAGGCUGUAAAUUUCUCUAUUUUGGUAAACUGUUUGAACUUUGCAGAUACAAACACUGGGGACAAGCAUCUCCAUGGUUAGGUGGGAUUAAUCCUCUAGACCAUGAAAUGCCAAUAGAUGGGGAUGAUGGAUUUUUCCCUACAUCUGGCAAUGACUUGAAACCAGAAAUAGUCAAUUCCAGUCGGAAGUAUCAUGUUCGUGUUCUAGUUUGUGCUCCGUCAAAUUCUGCACUCGACGAGAUUGUGUUGCGCAUUCUAAACUCUGGAUACUUCUCUGCUCCUUUUGUGCUUUUACAACGUGAAAUUUCUAUUAUUCUGAAAAUUUCCUGA